AUGCACUCACGAUCGGAGGCCAACCUGGGAACCCAGGGCGAAGCUUCAAAUUCCAGGCAGAUCCUCUUCCAGCGCAGCAUCAAACCCUCACUGUCCAACCCACAGUCCACCAUCAGAUCCAAAGCUCCCACCCAUGGACCACCAGGUUCUUUGAGUUUCACCCACAGCUCACCCCCCUACGAUCCUGAUUUCCCACAAAGUCCAGCAGCAGCACCCAGACCACGACCAGUCAUCCCACGCACCAACUCAAGCCGCUUCUACGACCCCUUCUCCUCACCCUCAAAGCCUCCCCCGCCUCUCCGCCGGAUCUCUUUCCCCGCGCUCACUUGCUCCAGCAGCAAUCUGACCAGGAAAUCCUCGCUUCCUUCGCGCCGCAAGCCUUCUCUCAGCAGCACGUCCACCUCGCUCUCCAGACCGCGCCCCCAUCUACUCUCCCGCCUCGCAUCGUCCAUCUCCUCUAUCGGCAGCAAGAUCUUUACCACCAAGAAAUCACCUGAGCGAGGAAGAUAUGGGGGAGACGCAGGAGAACCAGAGGAGGAGCUGGAAGUCGACGAGGAGCUCAGCUCCCUACACCUUGAGCUCCCAACCAGCAUUAGCCGAGACAGGAGCGAGAUCGAUUACCUGCGGCGCAUGGAACGGGAGGCCAUCGCGGCGCAGAAGGCGCAGAGACUGAGGCGCACGAAAGACAUGAAGCGGACGUACGCGACGCCGAGUCGGCGGACGUCGGCGAUUCCUAAGAGCACGCUGAUUGGGAAGAGCAGCAACAAGAGCUUUGAUGCGGGACGGGGUGUGGAGGAGGGUGGCAGGGCGAAUGUGCCAGGAGGUGGCAUUUCGUCGGAGUUGAAAGGUCGGGGCUUGAGGGUCUGA